AUGUCGGAAAAGAGUAGGAGUGGCUCGGAGCUGUGUCACGCUGUGGAAGCGGAGCAACCUGUGCAGGAGCAAGGGAAACAAGAGGACAAGAGGAACCUCGACGUGGCGCCGAAUGGAGGCUAUGGCUGGGUAUGUGUAGCAGCCGUAGCCACUAUCAACGGACACACGUGGGGAUUAAACUCAGCAUACGGAGUCUUCCUCGCAUACUACCUUUCCAACAACGCCUUCGCCGGCGCAACGCCUCUGCAGUACGCAUUCAUCGGCGGGCUAUCGAUAUCACAGGCGCUCAUUGUGUCGCCGAUAGCAACGCUGACAACACGGUGCUUUGGCACGCGGACAACGCUCUUCAUCGGUAUAGCACUGGAAACGAUAUCCUUUGUCGGCGCGAGUUUCGCCUCGCAGAUCUGGCACCUAUUUCUCAGCCAGGGCAUCUGCUUUGGCUGGGGCAUGGGCUUCCUGUUUGUGGGCUCCGUCGGCAUUGCCGCACAGUGGUUCAGCACACGGCGGUCUCUCGCCAAUGGGUGCUGUGCCGCGGGGUCUGGCCUCGGCGGCCUCAUCUACUCGCUCUCUGCGCAGGCCAUGAUCCGCAACAUCGGGCUGUCGUGGGCGUUUCGCACGCUGGCUGUGAUUGCGUUUUUCGCAAACACGGUGUGUGCGCUGCUGAUCCGCGACCGCAACAAGCAGAUUGGAAGCAGCCAGCUGGGCUUUGAAUAUCGCUUCUUCCGCCAGCGCCAGUUCCUGGGGCUGCUGGCGUUUGGGUUCCUGUCUAUGCUCGGAUACGUGGUGCUGCUGUUCUCGCUGCCGAACUACGCUCGCACAAUUGGCUUGUCGGCGCAGCAGGGCAGCAUCAUUGGGGCGACGCUGAAUCUCGGGCAGGCGAUUGGAAGACCGCCCAUAGGCUAUUUCUCAGACUCCAUCGGCAGAAUCAACAUGGCGGCUAGCAUGACGUUUCUGAGUGGCCUGUUUUGCCUCGUCGUGUGGAUGUUUGCAAAGAGCUUUGGCGUGCUGGUGUUUUUUAGCCUCAUCGGCGGCAUGGUUGCAGGCACGUAUUGGGCGACGGCUGCGCCUGUCACGACCGAGGUUAUGGGGCUGCAGGAUUUGCCGAGCGCGCUGAGUAUCACGUGGUUGGUGCUUGUGCUGCCUACGACUUUCUCGGAGGCCAUUGGUCUUGAAAUCGUCGCGUUCAACGGCGGCUCGUACACGGGCGCCAUCAUCUUCACGGGGUGCAUGUACAUUGGUGCAGCCGUGUGCCUGUGGGUGGUGCGAACGUGGAAGAUUGGAGAGGAUGAGGAGACUGCGGCUGCGGCUGCAGAUGGCAAGAGUGGCCAUGGCACGCGGCGGAAAAGCCCGUUUGUGACUCGCAUGUUCAUGAUUCGAAAAGUCUAG